UUCCUUUUUAAGCCCAAGAAAGAAUAUAGUUCUUCUCCCACAAGAGUACAGAUAGUGCGAGAAGAAGAAAAGAGGAGGUGAGAGAAAGAAAGCUUUUUCCAUGGCGUCGGGAGGAGUGGAGUGGCACGUGCGGCCUCCUAACCCAAAGAAUCCGAUCGUGUUCUUCGACAUCACCAUUGGCACCAUCCCCGCCGGUCGCAUCAAGAUGGAGCUCUUCGCCGACAUCGCCCCCAAGACUGCCGGAAAUUUCCGGCAGUUCUGCACCGGCGAGUACCGAAAAGCCGGUCUCCCCGUUGGCUACAAGGGCUGCCAGUUCCACCGAGUCAUCAAGGAUUUCAUGAUUCAAGCCGGAGAUUUCCUUAAGGGUGAUGGUAGUGGGUGUGUUUCCAUCUAUGGUCAUAAGUUUGAUGAUGAAAACUUCAUUGCCAAACACACUGGUCCUGGUCUCUUAUCAAUGGCGAAUAGUGGACCAAAUACCAACGGGUGUCAGUUCUUCAUCACUUGUGCGAAGUGUGAUUGGCUUGACAACAAGCAUGUUGUUUUUGGGAGAGUUCUUGGAGAUGGUCUUCUGGUUGUGAGGAAGAUUGAGAAUGUGGCUAAUGGACCCAACAACCGGCCCAAACUGGCAUGUGUCAUUGCUGAAUGUGGGGAAAUGUAAAAUCCUUUUACAAACAUUUCGUGAAAAUGAAAAAGAAAAAUUAACCCAUAGUAGAGUUAAUGUCAUCAAGCUAUUAUUUUACUGUUGUUCCGAAACUGAACUACCUGAAAUUGUAAGGAUUAUGAUAAAUUUUAUUCUUGCACCCCCACCACUGUUAGCUUGGUUAUUCUGGAGAUGUUACAAUUAUAAAAAGAUGAUCUACCGGAUUUAUUUCUAGCGUCGGAGACAGAAGACAUUCAAAUA